GUCUGCCUGUCCUCUCGUCCCUGUCCAGUCUGAGGACCAGCAGGAGUGUGGGCUGCUGGGUGGCAACCGUGUCGGUCCCGGGGCCUCGGAGGGAAGUGAGACCCAGCAGCCCAAAGCCACUGCCUGUGCCCCCGGCCUGGGCACUGCCCAGAUCCCUCCGUAGACAGGCCCCCGGCUCUGCCGCCCCCAUGGAGCCCUCCUCACUCAGUGGCGCGCCCCGCUUCCUGACGCGGCCCAAGGCCUUCGUGGUGUCCGUGGGCAAGGACGCCACGCUGAGCUGCCAGAUCGCGGGCAACCCCACGCCGCAGGUGAGCUGGGAGAAGGACCGGCAACCAGUGGAGCCCAGUGCGCGCUUCCGCCUGGCCCAGGACGGCGACCUGUACCGCCUCACCAUCCUGGACCUGGCGCUCGGAGACAGCGGACAGUAUGUGUGCCGCGCGCGCAAUGCCAUCGGGGAGGCCUUCGCGGCUGUUGGCCUGCAGGUGAACGCUGAGGCCGCGUGUGCUGAGCAGGCACCGCACUUCUUGCUGCGCCCCACGUCCAUCCGCGUGCGGGAGGGCGCCGAUGCCACGUUCCGUUGCCGUGUGCGUGGCUCUCCGCCGCCGGCCGUGAGUUGGUCCAAGGAUGGGCGGCGUCUGGGCGCGCCUGAUGCCCCGCGCGUGCGUGUGGAGGAGCGGGGCGAUGCAAGCUCUCUGCAUAUCCAGGCUGCGCGCCCGCGUGAUGGCGGCACCUACGAGGUGCGUGCUGAGAAUCCCCUGGGCACCGCCAGCGCAGCCGCGGCCCUCAUGGUGGAUGCGGACGCCGACGUGGUCGGCCCGCCCGGGGCGUCCACCGCCGCGCUCCUGGCGCACCUGCAGCGGCGGCGUGAGGCUAUGCGUGCGGAUGACGCCCCUCCCUCGCCGCCUGGCGCAGGCACACGCACCUGCACGGUGACCGAGGGCAAGCACGCACGCCUCAGCUGCUUCGUGACGGGUGAGCCCAAGCCUGAGACGCUGUGGAAGAAGGACGGGCAGCCGGUGGCCGAGGGCCGGCGGCACGUGGUGUACGAGGACGCGCAGGAGAACUUCGUGCUCAAGAUCCUGUUCUGCAGGCAGGAGGACCGCGGCCUGUACACCUGCACGGCGUCCAACCUCGUGGGCCAGACCUACAGCUCGGUGCUGCUGGUCGUGCGCGAGCCUGCCGUGCCCUUCCGGAAGCGGCUGCAGGACCUGGAGGUGCGCGAGAAGGAGUCAGCCACGUUCCUGUGCGAGGUGCCACAGCCGGCUACGGAGGCCGCGUGGUUCAAGGAGGAGACGCGGCUGUGGGCGAGUGCCAAAUACGCCAUUGAACAGGAGGGCACGGAGCGCCGGCUGACUGUGCACAACGCCUCGGCUGAUGAUGACGCUGUGUACAUCUGCGAGACCGCUGAGGGCAGCCGCACGGUGGCUGAGCUCAACGUCCGAGGCAACCUGACUCGAAAGCUGCCUCGGAAGACGGCAGUGCGUGUGGGGGACAUGGCCAUCUUUUGUGUGGAGCUGGCCAUCCCUGAGGGCCCAGUUCGCUGGCUGCGGAACCAGGAGGAGGUGGUGGCUGGAGGCCGCGUGGCCAUCACUGCUGAAGGCACGAGCCACACACUGACCAUCUCCCAGUGCAACCUGGACGACGCAGGGGAGGUUGUCUUUGUGGCUGGCAGCUGCCGCACGUCCACACAGUUCUGUGUGUCGGUGCCCAGGAGACCACCCCUGCAUCCCCCUGUGGACCCUGUGGUGCUGGCGAAGACAGAGAGUUCCGUAACCCUCAGCUGGUCCCCACCGCCCCACGGGGACCGCCCCGUAACCAUCGACGGCUACCUGGUGGAGAAGAGGAGGCUUGGGACCCAUAUCUGGAGCCGCUGCCACGAAGCAGAGUGGGUGGCCACGCCACAGCUGACCGUGGCUGGUGUGGCCGAGGAGGGGGACUUCCAGUUCCGGGUGUCGGCUGUCAACAGCUUUGGUCAGAGUCCCUACCUUGAGUUCCCAGGGACUGUGCAUCUUGUCCCCCAGCUGGCCGUGAGGACGCCCCUGAAGGCGGUGGAGGCAGUGGAGGGUGGCGAAGUCAGCUUCUCCGUGGAGCUCACUGUGGCCUCGGCAGGCCAGUGGUUCCUGGACGGGCAGGCCCUGAAGGCCAGCAGAACGUACAAGAUCCUAUGCAGUGGCACCAGGCACACGCUCACCAUUCGCGAGGUGCCCGCCAGCCUGCACGGGGCCCAGCUCAAGUUUGUGGCAGACGGCAUAGAGAGCAGCGUCCGUGUGGAGGUCCGAGCAGCGGCCCCUGGACUGACUGCACACAAGCCUCCAGCAGCAGCUGCCCGGGAGGUGCUGGCCCGGCUGCAUGAGGAGGCCCAGCUGCUGGCAGAGUUGUCUGACCAGGCCGCGGCCGUGACGUGGCUGAAGGACGGCCGUGAGCUGCCCUUGGGCCCCAAGUAUGAGGCGCGGGCGUCGGCGGGGCGGCGCGUGCUGCUGGUGCGUGAUGUGGUACGUGACGACGCCGGCCUCUAUGAGUGCGUCAGCCCUGGGGCCCGCAUCGCCUGCCAGCUGUCAGUGCAAGGCCUCACAUCCUUUCUGCACAAGGACACAGCUGGUGGCCGUGUGGACGCUGUGGCUGGGGGCCAAGCCCAGUUCGAGUGUGAGACCUCGGAAGCCCACGUCCCCGUGCGCUGGUUCAAGGAUGGCUUGGAGCUGGGGUGCUCCAGCCAGCGGGUCUCCCAGGAAGACAUGGGCACACGGCACCGGCUGGUGCUGGCCUCAGUCACCAGGCAGGAUGAGGGCACCUACUCCUGCCGCGUGGGUGGGGAUGCCGUGGACUUCCAGCUCCGUGUUUCUGAGCCCAAGGUGGUGUUUGCCAAGGGGCAGCCGGCGCUCAGCCAGGUCCAGGCCGAGGCGGGGGCCAGCGCCACGCUGAGCUGCGAGGUGGCCCAGGCCCAGACGCAGGUGACGUGGUACAAGGACGGGAAGAAGCUGAGCUCGAGCUCGAAGGUGCGCGUGGAGGCCGCGGGCUGCACACGGCGGCUGGUGGUGCAGCAGGCGGGCCAGGCGGACGCCGGGGAGUACAGCUGCGAGGCCGGGGGCCAGCGGGUCUCCUUCCGCCUGGACGUCGCAGAGCCCAAGGUGGUGUUUGCCAAGGGGCAGCCGGCGCUCAGCCAGGUCCAGGCCGAGGCGGGGGCCAGCGCCACGCUGAGCUGCGAGGUGGCCCAGGCCCAGACGCAGGUGACGUGGUACAAGGACGGGAAGAAGCUGAGCUCGAGCUCGAAGGUGCGCGUGGAGGCCGCGGGCUGCACACGGCGGCUGGUGGUGCAGCAGGCGGGCCAGGCGGACGCCGGGGAGUACAGCUGCGAGGCCGGGGGCCAGCGGGUCUCCUUCCGCCUGGACGUCGCAGAGCCCAAGGUGGUGUUUGCCAAGGGGCAGCCGGCGCUCAGCCAGGUCCAGGCCGAGGCGGGGGCCAGCGCCACGCUGAGCUGUGAGGUGGCCCAGGCCCAGACGCAGGUGACGUGGUACAAGGACGGGAAGAAGCUGAGCUCGAGCUCGAAGGUGCGCGUGGAGGCCGCGGGCUGCACACGGCGGCUGGUGGUGCAGCAGGCGGGCCAGGCGGACGCCGGGGAGUACAGCUGCGAGGCCGGGGGCCAGCGGGUCUCCUUCCGCCUGGACGUCGCAGAGUCCAAGGUGGUGUUUGCCAAGGAGCAGCCGGCGCUCAGCCAGGUCCAGGCCGAGGCGGGGGCCAGCGCCACGCUGAGCUGUGAGGUGGCCCAGGCCCAGACGCAGGUGACGUGGUACAAGGACGGGAAGAAGCUGAGCUCGAGCUCGAAGGUGCGCGUGGAGGCCGCGGGCUGCACACGGCGGCUGGUGGUGCAGCAGGCGGGCCAGGCGGACGCCGGGGAGUACAGCUGCGAGGCCGGGGGCCAGCGGGUCUCCUUCCGCCUGGACGUCCCAGAGCCCAAGGUGGUGUUUGCCAAGGGGCAGCCGGCGCUCAGCCAGGUCCAGGCCGAGGCGGGGGCCAGCGCCACGCUGAGCUGCGAGGUGGCCCAGGCCCAGACGCAGGUGACGUGGUACAAGGACGGGAAGAAGCUGAGCUCGAGCUCGAAGGUGCGCGUGGAGGCCGCGGGCUGCACACGGCAGCUGGUGGUGCAGCAGGCGGGCCAGGCGGACGCCGGGGAGUACAGCUGCGAGGCCGGGGGCCAGCGGGUCUCCUUCCGCCUGGAUGUUGCAGAGCCCAAAGUGGUGUUUGCCAAGGGGCAGCCGGCGCUCAGCCAGGUCCAGGCCGAGGCGGGGGCCAGCGCCACGCUGAGCUGCGAGGUGGCCCAGGCCCAGACGCAGGUGACGUGGUACAAGGACGGGAAGAAGCUGAGCUCGAGCUCGAAGGUGCGCGUGGAGGCCGCGGGCUGCACACGGCGGCUGGUGGUGCAGCAGGCGGGCCAGGCGGACGCCGGGGAGUACAGCUGCGAGGCCGGGGGCCAGCGGGUCUCCUUCCGCCUGGACAUCCCAGAGUCCAAGGUGGUGUUUGCCAAGGGGCAGCCGGCGCUCAGCCAGGUCCAGGCCGAGGCGGGGGCCAGCGCCACGCUGAGCUGCGAGGUGGCCCAGGCCCAGACGCAGGUGACGUGGUACAAGGACGGGAAGAAGCUGAGCUCGAGCUCGAAGGUGCGCGUGGAGGCCGCGGGCUGCACACGGCGGCUGGUGGUGCAGCAGGCGGGCCAGGCGGACGCCGGGGAGUACAGCUGCGAGGCCGGGGGCCAGCGGGUCUCCUUCCGCCUGGAUGUUGCAGAGCCCAAGGUGGUGUUUGCCAAGGGGCAGCCGGCGCUCAGCCAGGUCCAGGCCGAGGCGGGGGCCAGCGCCACGCUGAGCUGCGAGGUGGCCCAGGCCCAGACGCAGGUGACGUGGUACAAGGACGGGAAGAAGCUGAGCUCGAGCUCGAAGGUGCGCGUGGAGGCCGCGGGCUGCACACGGCGGCUGGUGGUGCAGCAGGCGGGCCAGGCGGACGCCGGGGAGUACAGCUGCGAGGCUGGGGGCCAGCGGGUCUCCUUCCGCCUGGACGUCGCAGAGCCCAAGGUGGUGUUUGCCAAGGGGCAGCCGGCGCUCAGCCAGGUCCAGGCCGAGGCGGGGGCCAGCGCCACGCUGAGCUGCGAGGUGGCCCAGGCCCAGACGCAGGUGACGUGGUACAAGGACGGGAAGAAGCUGAGCUCGAGCUCGAAGGUGCGCGUGGAGGCCGCGGGCUGCACACGGCGGCUGGUGGUGCAGCAGGCGGGCCAGGCGGACGCCGGGGAGUACAGCUGCGAGGCCGGGGGCCAGCGGGUCUCCUUCCGCCUGGACGUCGCAGAGCCCAAGGUGGUGUUUGCCAAGGGGCAGCCGGCGCUCAGCCAGGUCCAGGCCGAGGCGGGGGCCAGCGCCACGCUGAGCUGCGAGGUGGCCCAGGCCCAGACGCAGGUGACGUGGUACAAGGACGGGAAGAAGCUGAGCUCGAGCUCGAAGGUGCGCGUGGAGGCCGCGGGCUGCACACGGCGGCUGGUGGUGCAGCAGGCGGGCCAGGCGGACGCCGGGGAGUACAGCUGCGAGGCCGGGGGCCAGCGGGUCUCCUUCCGCCUGAAUGUUGCAGAGCCGGAGCCCGGAGCCGCUGGGAGCCGGGGCCGCAGGGAGCCUGUGGUGGUCAAAGAGCAUGAGGACAUCGUCUUAGUGGCCACGCUGGCCACGCCGUCCGCGGCUACCGUGAGCUGGCUCAAGGACGGUGUGGAGAUUCGCCGCAGCCAGCGGCAUGUGACAGCCAGCCAGGGGGACACCCACACCCUGACGGUGCGUGGUGCCCAGGUGCUGGACAGUGCCGUCUACAGCUGCCGCGCAGGUGACAGGGGGGAGGACUUCGCCGUGCAGGUGCAAGAGGUGGCCGCCAUGUUUCUCCGGCCGCUGGAGCCUGUGAGUGGGGAGCUGGGCGGCUCUGUGACGCUGGCCUGUGAGCUGAGUGUGCCCCAGGCCCCAGUGGCAUGGCGCUGCGGGGACAUACAACUGCGGCCUGGCCGGCGCUUCCAGAUGGAGGCCACGGGCCCUCUGCGUAUGCUCACUGUCUUGGGGUUGCGUGCUGAGGACGCAGGCGAGUAUGUGUGUGAGACCCGUGACGACCGCACCAGCACACACCUGUCAGUUCACGUGCCCCGUGUGGUCAAGUUCACGUCCGGGCUGAGCGCUGUGGUUGCCGAGGAGGGCCGCGAGGCCACCUUCCAGUGUGUGGUGUCCCCGGAGGAUGCGGCAGUCACCUGGUACCGUGACGGUGCCGAGCUGCAGCCGGGCAAGAAGGUGCUCAUUUCCCGGAGUGGCGCUGGCCACAGCCUGACCAUCUCCUGCCUGGCCCUGGACGAUGCGGGCCAGAUCUCUGCCAAGGCGGAGGGCGCGUCCACCUCGGCCACCCUGCGGGUUCGCGAGGCCCCAGUGCUGUUCAGGAAGAAGCUGGAGCCUCAGACGGUGGAGGAGCGGACCUCGGUGACGCUGGAGGUGGAGCUGACGCGACCGUGGCCGGAGGUGAAGUGGACACGGAACGCGGUGGCCCUGGUGCCUGGUGAGAACGUGGAGAUCCACGCCGAUGGAGUGCGCCACCGCCUGGUCCUGCACAGCGUGGGGUUUGAAGACCGCGGCUUCUUUGGCUGCGAGACACCUGAUGACAAAACGCAGGCCAAGCUCAGCGUGGAGAUGCGUCAGGUGCGGCUGGUGCGUGGCCUGCAGGCGGUGGAGGUGCGGGAGCAGGGCACGGCCACCAUGCAGGUGGAGCUCUCACACGCCAAUGUGGAGGGCAGCUGGACCAGGGAUGGCCUGCGCCUGCAGCCGGGACCCACCUGCCACCUGACCGUGCAUGGCCCCACUCACACCCUCACGUUGUCGGAGCUGCGGCCGCAGGACAGUGGCCUGGUGGCCUUCAGGGCAGAGGGCGUGCACACCUCGGCUCAGCUCGUCGUCACUGAGCUGCCGGUGCACUUCCGCCGCCCGCUGCAGGACGUCGUGGCCACAGAGAAGGGCAAGGUCACCCUGGAGUGUGAGCUGUCGCGACCCAACGUCGCCGUGCGCUGGCUGAAGGAUGGCGUGGAGGUGCGGGCGGGCAGGACUGUGGGCAUCACAGCCCAGGGCGCUUGCAGGAGCCUCACCCUCUUCCGCGUUGAGCCCGGGGACCAGGGCAUGUACGUGUGUGAUGCUCGAGAUGCUCAGACCUCCGCCUCCCUGACGGUGCAAGGCCGCGACAUCCAGCUCCUGCGGCCCCUGGAGGACGUGGAGGUCAUGGAGAAGGGUGCCACCUUCUCCUGCGAGGUCUCCCACGACGAGGUGGCCGGCCAGUGGUUCCGGGAGGGCACUAAGCUGCGGCCCAGUGACAACCUGCGCAUCCGCCAAGAAGGGAGGACACAUACCCUCAUUUACCGGAAAGUGCUGGUGGGUGACGCAGGGGAAAUCAAGUUUGUGGCAGAAGGAGCCGAGUCUCGAGCCCAGCUCCGAGUGAAAGAGCUGCCGGUGACCCUGGUGCGCCCUCUGCGGGACAAGAUUGCCAUGGAGAGGCACCGCGGCGUGCUCGAGUGCCAGCUGUCCCGGGCCAGUGCACAGGUGCGGUGGUUCAAGGGCAGUGUGGAGCUGCAUCCCGGGGCGAAGUACGACAUGGUCAGCGACGGGGUCUACCGCAAGCUGGUCAUCCGGGACGUGCAGCCCGAGGACGAGGACACCUACACCUGCGACGCUGGCGACGUGCAGACCAGCGCCCAGUUCUUUGUGGAAGAGCAAUCCAUCAGCAUCGUGCGGGAACUGCAGGACGUCACGGUGAUGGAGCCCGCCCCAGCCUGGUUUGAGUGCGAGACCUCUAUCCCCUCGGUGCGACCACCCAAGUGGCUGCUGGGCAAGACAGUGCUGCAGGCUGGGGCGGACGUGGGGCUGGAGCAGGAGGGCACUGUGCACCGGCUGACUCUGCACCGCACCUACUCCACCAUGACGGGGCCUGUGCACUUCACCAUCGGCAAGGCCCGCUCCUCCGCCCACCUCGUGGUCUCGGACGUCCCUGUGGUGCUCGUGCGGCCGCUGGAGCCCAAGGCGGGCCGUGAGGGGCAGUCGGUGGUGCUGUCCUGUGACUUCAGGCCGCCCCCCAAGGCCGUGCAGUGGUACAAGGAGGACACGCCCCUGGCUCCGUCCCACAAGUUCAAGAUGAGGCUGGAGGGCCAGAUGGCAGAGCUGCGCGUCCUGCGGCUUACACCUGCUGACGCCGGCGUCUACCGGUGCCAGGCGGGCAGUGCCCAGAGCGACGCUGUG